AGUUGACCUCUGGAAUUCAGUCAGCUCUAUUAUGAAAUAAAAGUGUCUAUUAUCACGAGAAGUGAGAGUGAUUUUGACCAGAUGUAGUGUUUUGCCUCCACCUCUCCCCUCCUCUCCAGAAAAGGAUGGAGCAGCAAAGCGGGUAGAGGGCCUGUGUGUGCCAGGUGGGGGCGGGUAUAGUAAAGGAAUUUAGUAUCUUCACAGCAACAGCUUGAGAAUGCGUUGACUGCAGAGUGAAACUCAAGUCCACUUCCUAACAGUUUGAGAGAGUCCGCUCAGUAAGUGGAAAUCCCUUUUAUCAGAAAGAAUCAUUUCUUUCGCCGCCGUCCUCCCACCCCCACCAGCACUUCUGAAGGGAAGAGUCUCAAUGGUUGUUGUCCAGACUUGAUGAACCCUUCUCCUCUCUAUCUGUUCUCCCACCCCUCCGUACAGCAAUCACUGUCAUCUCGCCCUUUCUCCACCUCCAGCCUUGAAAUGGGUACAAACAAGUCCUCCAACAACCUAAGGAGGGAGGAGCUUCAUUGGUUGGAUCCAAAUCCCAGCGGGAGGGAGGGGGAUCAGGAGGGGGAAGUGGAGGUUAAGCAAUGCUAUGGAAGGGACGUACUUGGGGUGGGGACGCCGCGGACGCUAGGUGGGCGGGGAGACCCUGGUCCUGAGCCCCAGAGUUAAAGGUCAGAAAGAACUUGCUCAGCCUCACUUGAAAGCGCACCACGGUUAUCCCUGGAAGCUUCAGGGUGCGGGCACGAAAGGGUGUUGAGCGGUAUAUAUAGCUCUCCAACACAGAGAGAGCUCAGCGAGGAAAGGAGGGGGCGAGGAAAGGCAGGUUCCGCCUCCCCCUGGCCCGCGUGCACACACGCGCCCACCGCAGCUCGGGCUGGCUGAGCGCGGGCGAGUGUGAGCGCAAGUGUGCGCACGCCACGGAGAGCCUCUGCCCUCGCCUAGCACCCUGCUCAGGGCAUCUGGAGAGCCUGGAAACGUGAACAGGCUUAAAGUAUGGCAUGUUGCAAAGAUGGUUUCUGUCAAGAAGGUACCCGCGAUCGCGACGUCCUUCGGGGUCAGUUUCGCCCUCCUGCAUGUCCUGUGCCUGGCGGUUUGUUUAAACGAAUCCCCAGGACAGAACCAAAAGGAGGAGAAAUUAUGCCCAGAAAAUUUUACCCGCAUCCUGGACAGUUUACUCGAUGGUUAUGACAACAGACUGCGUCCUGGAUUUGGGGGUCCUGUUACAGAAGUAAAAACUGACAUAUAUGUCACCAGCUUUGGACCUGUUUCUGAUGUUGAAAUGGAAUACACAAUGGAUGUGUUCUUCAGACAGACAUGGAUUGACAAAAGACUGAAAUAUGAUGGUCCCAUUGAAAUUUUGAGAUUGAACAAUAUGAUGGUAACAAAAGUAUGGACCCCCGAUACUUUCUUCAGGAAUGGAAAGAAAUCUGUCUCACAUAAUAUGACAGCUCCAAAUAAGCUUUUUAGAAUUAUGAGAAAUGGCACUAUUUUAUACACAAUGAGACUCACCAUAAGUGCAGAGUGUCCUAUGAGAUUGGUGGAUUUUCCCAUGGAUGGUCAUGCAUGCCCUUUGAAAUUUGGGAGUUAUGCUUAUCCGAAGAGUGAGAUGAUUUAUACCUGGACAAAAGGUCCUGAGAAAUCAGUAGAAGUUCCAAAGGAAUCCUCCAGCUUAGUUCAGUAUGACUUGAUUGGGCAAACCGUAUCAAGUGAAACUAUCAAAUCCAUCACGGGUGAAUACAUUGUUAUGACGGUUUACUUCCACCUCAGACGGAAGAUGGGUUAUUUUAUGAUUCAGACGUACAUCCCAUGCAUUAUGACAGUGAUUCUUUCGCAAGUCUCAUUCUGGAUAAAUAAAGAAUCAGUUCCAGCUAGGACCGUAUUUGGAAUAACCACAGUCCUCACCAUGACUACGCUGAGCAUCAGUGCGCGGCAUUCUUUGCCCAAAGUGUCCUAUGCUACGGCCAUGGAUUGGUUCAUAGCUGUCUGCUUUGCUUUUGUAUUUUCGGCCCUUAUUGAGUUUGCUGCUGUCAACUAUUUUACCAAUAUUCAAAUGCAAAAAGCCAAAAGGAAGACAUCAAAAGCUGUCCAGGAAAUUCCGGCUGCCCCCAUGCUGAGAGAAAAACAUCAUGAAGCACCUCUGCAGAACACAAAUGCAAAUCUGAACAUGAGGAAAAGAACGAAUGCCUUGGUUCACUCUGAGUCUGAUGUUGGCAUCAGAACUGAGGUAGGAAACCAUUUGAGCAGAUCUUCUAUGGCUGUUCAAGAAUCUUCUGAAGCCACAUCACAGUCUUACUUAGCUUCUAGUCCAAAUCCGUUCAGCCAUGCAAAUGCAGCUGAAACUAUUUCUGCUGCAAGAGCUCUUCCGUCUGCUUCUUCUACUCCUAGUAGAACUGGGUAUGUGCCCCGGCAAGCUUCAGUUGGAUCUGCUUCUACCCACCAUAUGUUUGGAUCAAGACUGGAGCGAAUUAAGACCACAGUUAAUACUAUAGGGGCUUCUGGAAAGUUGUCAGCCAUUACUUCUCCCUCUUCUCCACCGCCUUCCGGAUCUGGCACAAGUAAAAUAGACAAAUAUGCCCGUAUUCUCUUUCCAGUAACAUUUGGGGCAUUUAACAUGGUCUAUUGGGUUGUUUAUUUAUCUAAAGACACUAUGGAGAAAUCAGAAAGCCUAAUGUAAUUUUUUUUUGCUAUGGUAGUUUCCUAAAAUAUGAUAUACUUAAUGCAGAAUGUCUUUUUAAAUGUUUUUAAAGAUAAACAGUUGUUCUUUACUAAAAUAAAAAUUCUAUGUAAUUUUUCCAUUUAAAAAAUUCAAGCCAGUUAUUGGGAGAGUUAAUUCUCAGUGAAGAGAAAGUGAGCCAAUUUUUAUUUCAGAAAAACUAUUUCAAUAGAAUCAAUUCAUCCUUCAAAGUAGAUGGAUUACAGACCAUCCUGGAAAGUUGGGACUAGUGAAAUAGGGCUAUUAAAGAUAGCUGGUACAUUUUUUGCAUUGAAAUUUGAAAACAGACUAUGACAUUUUUUAAUGUACACCAUGACU